GCUGAUGUACCGGCCAUGCUAACAGCGUUGCUCGGUGUGUUUAUUUCACUGUCUAGAGAGAAUGGAAACACUUUUUAUCCCCCGCCUCCACGACGUUUGGCCUCCGUGCGUCCGUCCGACAUGAAGGGAACAGCUUUUCCCGGAAACUAUUACAGCUAGGAUUACGAAAUUUAGUGUGUAGCUUCACACCAUGGACACCUUGAUCAAGUUCGAAAAUGAGACCUGUGCGACAAUAUUUAACAGAGUUAUGGCCCUUGAUCACUAUUUUGGAUAUAGACUCAUAGACCUCACAUGUGGCGGGGGAUAUUGAUGACCAUGUCGUCUUGUUUUUUUUUCAGUGUUAUCGAUGUUUGAAAGAAGUAUUUGUUGUUUUCACGGGGGGGUUUUGUCUUCAGCCUGCGUCCUUUCGGCUUUCAUCCGGUGGGAGGUGUCCAGCAUCGUUUGGCCGUUGGAGAGGAGGAGCUAGCUGCAGAUGUUGCCUCAUUGCUAACUGAUGUGGACGACCUAAAGUUUGUGACAAAAAUCUGAAACACGGCGCUUUAGUUGUCGCAGGGGAAGAAAGAAGACACGGCAGAGAUUAUCGCAAUUGGAGAAGUACGCCUUGGAUUGAAUGGCUGUUUGAGACUGGCUCUGCCUUCAAGUGACGCCCAAACCCCCUUUCUACUUUUUUUUGGCCCUCUACUCCUUUCACUUUUUCCAGUAAUUCUUUUUUCUCUUCACGCACCUUUUCUCGGUCUGCAAUCUUUUUCAUUCCCCCAUCAAUUUCCUGUCACCUCAUCUGUAUUGAAGCUGAAGUCCAUAAAUGCCUCAGAAUGGUUGUUGAUGUAGACACAGCAUCUCAGGGCAGUGGUGUUCGGCUGAAGCAGGAGAUUUCCCUUCUUCAUGGAGUUUGUCUCAUUGUGGGAAAUAUGAUCGGCUCUGGCAUCUUCGUCUCACCAAAGGGAGUGCUUAUGUACACUGGCUCAUUUGGCCUUUCUCUGGUAGUGUGGGCCAUCGGAGGGAUAUUUUCUGUGUUUGGAGCGUUAUGCUACGCUGAGCUAGGUACGACCAUCCGAAAAUCUGGAGCCUCCUACGCCUACAUCCUUGAAGCCUUUGGGGGCUUUCUGGCUUUUAUUCGGCUGUGGACGUCCCUGUUGAUAGUAGAACCAGCCUGUCAGGCAGUGAUAGCCCUGACCUUCUCCAACUACCUGGUCCAGCCUUUCUACCCCACCUGUGUAGCACCCUACCAUGCCGUCCGCCUCAUCGCAGCUGUUAUCAUAUGUCUGCUGACUUGUGUGAACUGUAUGAAAGUGAAAUGGGGGGCUAUUCUUCAGGUUAUCUCCACCGUAGCCAAGGUCCUCGCUCUUAUUGUCAUCAUCAUUGCUGGACUGGUUAAGCUGGCACAAGGUUUUGACCAGAACUUUGAGAACUCAUUCAAAGGCUCCAAGCUGAAUCCUGGUGAUAUGGCCUUGGCUCUCUACUCGGCACUUUACUCCUAUUCUGGCUGGGAUACGCUCAACUUCAUUACAGAGGAGAUCAAGAACCCAGAGAGGAAUCUGCCCUUGUCCAUUGCUAUCUCCAUGCCCAUUGUCACAGUGAUCUACAUCUUGACAAAUAUCGCUUACUACAUUGUUAUGGAUGCAGACCAAGUGCUGAACAGCGAAGCUGUUGCUGUGACAUUUGCAGACGAGGUGCUUGGCUACGCUCGAUGGCUGAUCCCUCUGUCUGUGGCUAUUUCCUGCUACGGAGGCCUCAACUCCUCCAUCAUUGCUGCCUCACGGUUGUUUUUCGUUGGUUCCAGAGAAGGCCACCUGCCCAAUGUCCUGUGCAUGAUCCACAUUAAGCGCUACACCCCAAUUCCUGCUUUGUUUUUCAAUGGUGCCAUGUCGUUGUUUUUCCUGUCUGUUCCUGACGUUUUCCAGUUGAUCAACUACUUUAGUUUUAAUUACUGGCUGUUUAUCGGCCUGUCAAUAGGCAGCCAGAUCUACCUUCGCUUCAAAGCUCCUGAUCUGCACCGACCUGUGAAGCUCUCUUUGUUUUUCCCGAUAGUCUACUGUUUAUGCAGCGUAUUCCUGGUGGUGGUGCCUCUCUACAGCGACACCAUCAACUCUUUAGUGGGAAUUUCCGUGGCGCUGUCGGGUGCACCAGUCUACUACAUUUGCGUCUACCUGCCACCGAGCUCCAGACCAGCCUUCCUCGGCAAAAUGCUCGAUAAGAUUUCUCUGUACACCCAGAAACUGUGCAUGUGUUGUGUGGCCUCACCGGAUAUUGAUUUGGACAACAUAGACCCAGAAAAGAUCGAAUGAUGGAGCAACGAAAGACUCUGGGUGAAGCAGUGUGUAGAGGGAUGGAAGAGGACGAUUGAACGAUAUGGAAGCUGUGAGCUGCCGACAAUCAGGACUUGGAUGAGUAUUGCUUGAAUGAUUAAAGGAACAAAGAUGGAGAAACUGUAGAGAUGAGCACAAUACACUUUGUGCACGCCUCUUCUCCCACACGCCAUACUGAGAAAAGGAACAGGAUUAUAUUUUGAUUUUACUGAAAAUUUGUGCACUAUUACCCUCAAACGAACAGCACUAUACAGACACACUCUUGUGCACACUUUCACAUGCUAGUACAUGAUGCAGUGUUGUUUGUUCAGUUCCCUCCACGAGUGCCCACACACUGCAACUCGCACAUGAGCUGUUUACAGCUGUGGGUUCUUAGUUUAAACUUUAUUUGUAUGGUAUGGCAGCAACAAAGCUGUGUCCACUAACACUGUUUUUGGACUCGCUCACAGACUUCAAAGAACGGCUACAAUUUUGCACAUCUUUCGUUUUCCGUUAUCUACCUUGGUUAUACGAGGUGCAGUCAGAAGGUUUUGGGACUGAGCCGAUACAUUAAUAAAACAAACGGUACCUUAUUUACGUUUGUCUACCAUCACCACCUAAGUGGCUCCUUGGUACAGUGAUACGCUGCUCUGUGCUCCUGCUACACUCGUCCUGUUAUCUAAACACGUCAGGUACCAUUUGUGAUGAAUGCUGAAUCUCCUAAACGGUGUCAAAAUGGCAAUCCUUCGGCUUUCAUUUUAUUUUGUGGAAGCGGAAGAAGCCACAGAGCUAAAUCAAAUGAGCAGGCCGAGUGGGCAGCUAUGAUUAUGUUGUGGUGGCCAAAAAUGUGAGCGCUAAACAGGCAGCCGCAUGCGCUCACAGUUCGGGUCUUUUGCGCCGAAUGUUCUCCCUCAGACACCUCAUAAUGGCACCGUAGAGUGCUGCUCUGACACUCUAAUUAUGUGAAUGUUGAAGAAAAUAAGUUUCCUUCCGGUACACUCCUGACCUGAUGCACCUUGCCCUGUCUUGGAGACUAAAACCGACUUUUCUUCUCUUGCUGGUAGUUACAAACCCACCUCAAGUCACCAGAUAUGAUAACUGACAGGAAGGUUGACUUAUCCUGGCUUCUGACUGACUGAGCAGGAUGUUUUCUUCUAAUGUCUUCGUCCCACUUCUGAUUUCCGCAUUAAAUGGUUUCCUCAUGAGUUACUGCUUGCAAAUGUUGCACAUGCCUGUCCUGUACACAGAAACAGUCCCAGAACCUUUUGAUUUCACCACUUAGAAAGCUUUAUUUUGAUGCGUUACUGAAGUACCAAAUGUACAGAUUAGUUUUGUUUUUAAUUAAUUAGCUAAUAUUAAAGAAGGAUGAGAUUAAAAAAGUGCUAUUAUUUCCUGCAGUUUUUGUGGAAUAUUAGUCCAGUCUUUGUGUGACUGUCAAUUGGCUUAGAUGAAUAGUUUUAUUGAAGAGAAAUAGUCCUGCUCUAACAAUGAUCAACGUAUCCUGCUAUCCCUCCAUCUCCCUACACCGAGACUCUUUGAGUGCAUCUUCAGGGUUUUUUUGGGUUCCAGGUGCCUCCUAGUGGUCACUAUUAUGAACUUCCAUUGACAAGCUACAAGAUUUUUUUAAGUGACAUCUAAGGCUCUAUUUUUAAUGCAUGUAUUUUUCUUAAGGCUUUGACUGCUUUUCACCUUGUUGUCUUUUUUUUAUUGAUUUACAAACACUACAAAUGUUGACAGGAAUGAAAGCAGCUUGUUGUUUCUGGUUUGAGCCAAGACUCUCUGGGCUACGUUUUUCUUCAGAAUGGGAACUUUUUGAUGCAAACCUCAGGAUCAACCAUGCUGUUGUGCACAUGUUGUUACUGAUGUUUAAUCUUUUUAUUUUAUUUUUUUACCCACUCUUGUCUUAAAAGUUUGUAUUCCAGAUAGGAUGUUUAAUGUAUUGUUGCCUUCUUAAUGUCCUAUAAACUUUGGACCAUUUGGUCACAAUUCAUGAGCAAAGAUCUUAAACAGACUCAUAGCUGGACCAUCUUUCUGCUCUCUGUAAUGAGCUUGUAGCAGCCUGUGCUUUAGGAAAUUAGGACUGUAAUGUGUUGAACUACAGGUAGAAACAUUGGGGUCUGUGUUGUACUGUUGUCCUCAUGGAUUUGAUGUGCCUUCUGUGAGUGAUCUAAAGGCCUUGCCUAGCUUUGAUAUUGUAACUCGGCUUUUGUGUGGAACAUCUUGAGCACAAUCACUGACACAUUGCUGAACGGUUCGAGAAAUGUUUUCAGGUCACCAUCUUUUGUUAAAUUGUUCAAGUUAAGGACACGUGUUGUAGUUGAGGUCAGUUUGUCAUCAGCUGGAAAUGAUCAGGCCUUACAUUUAAACAAGAGUCUUCACACAAGCACUUCUACAAAGCCAGCUACCAGAAGCACACAGACAUUUGCUUUAUACACUCAUUUGCUCACUCUGGGAUCAAGGUGUCAUUUAAACCAAACUAGUUUGUUGUGUGUGUUCUUCAGAAGUAAAUACAGAGACUGUUUUCAGUACAUUUCCAUAAAUUGCUGUGGUGAUGAAGUUAUAAUACUCAGAAAACACAUUAUGUGAAUAUUGCAAUAUAAUGCAAAUUAGCUGUUUGAUUACCAAAUGUCUGUUUUCUGGUUGUAUUUGACAAAGUUGUGUUUUGUGUAUUCGUAGAAAUACGUCUUUGGAUUGGUUUAUUGUUUUUAUUUAUUUUUUAGGAUGUGUACAAACCAAAUGUAACGUACAGUCUUCAGCGGAGCAAAUGGAGGCAGGAAUGUGUUGUGUGUGUGUUAUCUGAAUAAAGUGGACUACAGAUGUGUAUUGUAAA